CCUCAGGGAGUAGUUCUCUGUCUGGGUGAGAGCUAGUUUCUAAUGAAAGAUCACACUUUUGUUUUCACAGCAGCAAAUCCCUUGCUGUGCUCUACUGCUCGAUUCCACUGUAAGAACGGCCUUUGCAUCGAUAAAAGCUUUGUAUGCGACAGUCAAAAUAACUGCCAGGACAACAGUGAUGAAGAAAGCUGUGAAAGCCCUCAAGAAACUGGCAGUGGCCAGGAUUAUGUGACCUCAGAGAACCAACUGCUAUAUUAUCCCAGCAUCACCUAUGCUAUAAUUGGCAGCUCAGUUAUCUUUGUGCUGGUGGUGGCUUUCCUCGCCUUGGUUUUGCACCACCAACGAAAACGCAACAACCUCAUGAGCCUGCCUGUGCAUCGGCUGCAGCACCCUGUCCUCCUGUCCCGGCUGGUGGUCCUUGAUCAUCCACACCAUUGCAGCGUCACCUACAAUGUCAACAAUGGAGUUCAGUACAUGUCCAACCAGACCUGCCACAGGCCACUGGAUCUGGAUUCUCCACCAUCCUAUUCAGAGGCUGUGUUAGACCAAAGACCCCCUUGGUUUGAUCUUCCUCCACCCCCUUACUGCUCAGAUUCUGAAUCCCCCAGUCAGACAGAUCUCCCUCCUUACCGAUCUCGGACAGGAAGCUUGGUGAGCACAGACACUCCAAUGGCAGGAAGCCCCUUGAGCACAGGCAGCAGUCGGACAAGAGGUGUCAGUAACAGUAUGGACCAUCACAGAAUGCUUCGUGAGAGAACACCUGAGCAAAAUGACUCUCUGAUCAGUCCUGUUGCUGAAAGAGAAAUGUGACCGGGGAAUUGAAAAGGGUAUAUGGGUUAGUCUGCUGUGGCUUGUUACCGUCAGAGAUGGGCCUGAGCUGUGAUGUUCAGAAUGGGAUUUGAUUUGAAUCCAAAUCCCAACUUCCCCAAGUUUUACAGGUGCUCUGUUUUGGUGUUUGGGCUCAUCAUAGGCAAAGACCAGAGCCAUGAGCUGAAGAUCCAGGUUCACGUCUGAACUGCCCAGAGUUGAUAGAGGAAGGGUUAAGUCUGGGGCUACGUCCUCACUACGGGAGGGGUCGAUUUAAGAUACACAAAUUCAGCUACGCGAAUAGCGUAGCUGAAUUCGACGUAUAGGAGCCGACUUACCCCGCUGUGAGGACGGCGGCAAAUUGACCUCCGCGGCUCCCCCGUCGACGGCGCUUACGCCUACCUCCGCUGGUGGAGUACAAGCGUCGAUUUGGGGAACGAUUGUCGCGUACUGACAACACGCGAUAAUUUGAUCCCCAAGAGAUCGAUUUCUACCUGCCGAUUCAGGGAGGUAGUGUAGACGUAGCCUGGGAUUCAAGUUUCAGAUCUGUUGAAUACUUAAGACUUUGUGAUAUAAUGUAUUUCAGGGUGUACUUUACUGUAUAUGUAUGUAUAUAUGUGCAUGUGUAAUAUCUAUAGGUAUUCCACACAAAAAUACUGUUGAAAAAAAACAUUAAGGUUACCAAGUCAAGCACUCAAAAUAUAGGAAAUGACAGAAUUCAGGUUGCCUGGGCAACUUUAAUUUGACCCCCUUUUUGUGGGCAUUAAGAUACAAUCUUUAAUUACAUGAUCACACACUAAUUAUUUCCACAGGAUUCCUGCCUCUUGGUGUGCUCAGGGUGGAUUGUGCUCCAUUAGUGAGCAGCUAUUCAAUAUUUUGUUUUAGCCUCAUUGUUCAAUUUGUGGUUCUAGGCUUUAUUUAUUGCACACUAUUCAAACCCUGCUGUGAAGGCAGAAUUAUUAAUUUUCUCAUGUUUUUUCUGUGGCACUUCCUCAUUAUAGCAUCUAAGAAGCUUCACAAACAUUAAUGAAGUUAUUUUCACAACAACUCUGAGAUGAAGUGCUGGUAUCUCCAUUUUACAGAUGGGAAAUGAGGCACAGAGAGAUUAAGGUCAAAAGUGUCCACUAAUUUUGGAUGCCCAAUUUGAGACACCUUGGACCUGAUUUUUAGAGCACUUACCAUUCUAUAGCACUUUAUAUGUUCAAACAUACCUCCCAUUGUCUUCAGUUGCAGCUGUGAGUGUUCAGCACUCCUGCAGGUCAGACCCCAGAGUCUCAAGUCGGGCACCCAGAUACUGAGGAACACACAGUAAGUGGUCACCUCUGAAAAGUUUAGUUUAAGUGCCCAGUGUCACAUAGGAACUCGGAGGCAAAGGGAGAUAGAAUUUCAGUUUUCCAGGGCAACUUUCAGCUGCUGUAACCAUAAGACCAUCCUUUCUCUUCUGCAGUCACCUGCUUCAUCCACUACACACCUUCCAGCUUCUGCAGUAAAUGAGGCAGGAGUCCUACAGACAACUGCUUUUACUACACAACCCUGAUUUAUCCCCAGAGCAAGUGCAUCCUGUGCACUGAAUGAGGCAGGGGUCCUGUAGAAAAAAUAGUGUGUGAUCAUGUAGUUUUAAGACUGUACCCUAAUGCAUAUGCCCAAAGACUCCAAACUAAAGUUGUGCACACAACCUUAAUUCUGGCAUGCCCUAACUUUUGAGUACUUGAUUAGCAAGCUUAAUGUUUUAAUGUAAUUUUUUGUGUGCAAUUUCAUAGUUUUUUUUAAAAAGCAAACUGAAGAAACAAAUUCCAAUAUGUAGCAUCAUAUUAACAUCCAGCAUAGGUCAUCAGCAGGGCUGGAACCUUUAGAUCCACUGCACAGACUUCUGCCACUUGAGCUAAUGGAGUAACUGAUAGCAGUAGUAAUUUGUCAUCCUAACAGGGGUUGUUAUACACGUUGCCAGUGGGUUUCACAGAUGUUUGCUGACAGCAGAGGGAUGGUGAGACCCAGGAACUGAGAGUUUCAUUCCAAACUCUUGAGGGGAGUGUCCUCUAGUGACUACAAACCCCUCUGCCAAUUCCUCUCAGGCAGUGCCUUUUGUUCCAUUGUCUCCAACCUGACCCUGUUUUGUCUUUUCUCCACCCAAGCUCCUAAUCUCAGUUGCAUUCUCGUCACCUAGCCAAUGCCAAUCUCCACUCCUCAGGCUUCUCAUGCCCAAACAGUCCUAGUCUCCCUCUCCUGGCUGUCAGUCCCAGUUUCCCCGUCCCCCCACCCCCCUCCGUUCCUGGCUGCUCAUCAACUUUCUCUUGACCCUGCCAAGGAUCCUCCUCCAUCUUAGCCUUUCCUCACCCAGUACACGGCUCUUUGUUCGAGACUUUCCCCUCUCCCUGGCUCGUUGCCCUGCCAAUCCCAUUUCUCCCCCCACACCUCAGGUCCUCAUCAGAUCUGUUUUCCCCCCCUUCACCUCGGCUCCCUGUCUCCUUGCCCAGCCCAUCUGUCUCCCUCCCUGAUCCAGUUUGGCUUUUGUCCUCUCUGCAUUUGAGUCAGGUGGCUCCCUCCUCCACAUUGUCUGAGCUCCAGGAGGGCAUUCACUGAUAGUUCACUGAUAGUGUAGAAGAAACUGGCUCCCUGCUCUCAGUUCCAAUGCCCACCCCCAUUCCCCUCUCUGCUCCCCACCUCCCCACCUGCAGCAGCCAGGUCCUGCUUCUCCCACACCCCUCAAUCCCUGGGCUGGAGCAUGCUCACUGUGAACAAAACCUUUGGAAAUUUUAACUUUGAAGCUAUGACAAGUCUCUGAGUGAAUUGAGGUUUUCACAUUUGGAUGUUUUUUUCCACAGGAAAAGCAAACGGCACAUCCCUUACAUGAAGGCCACUUUCUGACAAGUUUCAAAUGCCUGCUCCAACAUAUGAGGGCACUAAAACUUCUCAACCAAAUGGUUGUAAGAAUUGUUUUAAUGUGGCAAAACAAUAUAUUUUCCCUAAUUUGGUGUUCUGAAAGUGCUGGGCCAUUUUGGCUGAAACAUUAAAAACAAAAAUCAGUCACUGGCAGAUAUCUGGCAUGGAAAACUUCAGCCCAAAUGUCUAAAGUUUGGAAAAGCUAUAAGCAAACUAGAGACAGGGUCCUAUAAUGAAAAGUAUCAGGCAACCAUAAUAAGAGGUAUACUGCCAGCACUGCCUGUAAAAUAUAUAUCCAUGCAUACACAUAUGGCUUUUUACAUAACAUAAAAUGGGUGUGUGUGCAUAUAUAUGUAAUGUAUUUCACUGGCAUAGAUAUCUUUCUGGUAUCUUUGGAAACAAUACUUAAAUUUCAUACUAAAAAAUAUUGGUGACAUGUGGAAAACCAUUUAUGUUCUACAACGUUUGCUAUUAUUCAUAGUUUCCCUGGUUGAAAUUUAAGUUUCUGCAUAAAAACAAAAGCACAGUGGAAUUACACGAGGCAUUAAUUCAGCCCAGUAUUUCUCUUCCAUUUUAUGUUCCCAUUCUUGGAAUAUUUCCAUCUGAAAUGUUUGGACCAUAAGUGAAAUAGUGUUUAAAUGCCACUGUGAAAAGCAGUAUUGUAGGUACAGGGAGUCGGUGUGGAAGGAAGAAAGCUAAGCUGUCCCUGUUGCUGCUACUUUGAAUGCCGCUAUAUUCCUAUGGUUUAUUUUUAUAUACAGUAGAGAUGACAGUGCCCUUUCUCAUAUCCAGAUAGAAAUUAGCCCUGAAAUAUAGUUGUAUCCAUUUCUUCAUACAGAGCCUGAUACACCGUUGCCUUACUCCAGAUUUAUGCCAGUGCACAUAGACAUAAAAUAGGAAUAAUAGGGGUGAAACAACUUAAGGUUUUCAGAGCACAACUCCAAACUGAUCUUGGGCAAACUCAUUUAAUGUAUGGUCCCAGCAUGCAUAUGAAUGAGCAUUUGUCAGUGUUGCAUUUACCUAUGUAUCAUAGGCAUCAGUUCUGUGCCUAUCACUGUAGUAUCUUGGAGCCAAAAAUGUUGGUGAAUUUUACAAAUGGUGGAUUUAAAAGUGAGACGGUGCAGUAGAAAGCAUCACUGAUACCUCUGCUUGCCCCUCAAGUUAAUUAUCAGAAGCAUUUCCAUAUGGUCCCUGCUUAGCCCAUCUUUCUUGGGGCACUCAGGACUGUUGGUUACUUUGUUACCCCCUAUCUAUGUACAAGAGAGACUUACUGGUGCUAAACUGGGUGUCACUCCAAUCUGUUAGCCACCCCAAACAAUCUCCUCAGAAGCUCUGCUAGCCUUUACUUCACCUUGCGGGUUAACAUUAGGUGCACCUGGGGUGACCAGAUGUCCCGAUUUUAUAGGGACAGUCCCGAUUUUGGGGUCUUUUUCUUAUAUAGGCUUCUAUUACCCGCCACCCCCGUCCCGAUUUUUCACAUUUGCUGUCUGGUUACCCUAGGUGCACCCCAAGCCCCAUUGAAGUGUGUUCCCCUCUAGUAUCCAGUCCCCAUCACUGGGCACUCUCAGAAAUUACCAGAUUCAUUAUGUCCAAAGAGACAAUGUACAAACCAGCCUGUUUGAUUUAGCUGAGGAGUCGCAUUUUAUUUUAUGUAUGGCAUUGAGGCGGAUUUAUAAUAUGACAAAGGAUACGUUUAUUAAUAAAGACCAGUGAUUUAAUUGAUACUAAGUAAAGAUAGUGGAAACAGAAUUGGUUACCAGUAAAAGAAAAGUAUAACACGCUUCUAAGAAACUAAACCUAAUGUUAGCAGUCUAGACUCCUUUGUCUAAAGUGGUUUCUCACCCUCAAAGACCUUCUGCAGAGCUUGCUGAUUUUUCAGUCAAAUCGGGAUCCAGAUUUUUCAUGAAUCACCUCUCCUCCGCAAAGGGUGUUCCUGAGUGGAACGGGUAACACAAUGUCCUUUUGCUUCUCCUUAUGUUCCCCAAAGUUCAAUGUCUUCAUUUCCAGAGUCAGGACGACCCCCUUGGGGUUCAGACCAUGGUUUGAACCCCAGGGUGCUGAUGUCGUGCUGCUUUCUCACCCUCCUGUUAACUGUUGCCUCCUGUUUACCUGAGAUGCAAAGGUGUAAUGCCCAUUGUAUUUGGCUUAUCCUGCUUAAUGUGUAUAGAUGAUCUAGGCAGACAAGGUAAAACAACAUUCCUUUGUCUAGGAAAGACUUGUUUAUCAAUCCUGCCUGGUUACAGAGUUUAAACAUAUUUUCAGUGCAUGCAACUUUUUAAAUAUCAUCCAUACAUACAUCACACAAUGACCAGUAGGAUAUAAGCUUUCAUUUGAUAUCUCCCCUAACCUUCCUUACAGAUAAAUACGAUGACAGAAUUGUGUUAAAUGUUGUGUUUGUCAGGCCCGAUAGGAGUUGCUAUUACAGAACAGUGAACUCUUUGUCAAUUGGCAUUGAGGGGCUCUACGGGUCACACCAUCCCGAACUGUAAAGCUGAGGAGUGCUGCUUAAAUAUUAACUACUUGUACAGCACACAAACAUAGGGCCAGAUUCACCUUUAGUAGAAGCUCAUGCAAUGUAGUUAUGCCCUCCUGCACUAGGCUGAGUGGGCAGCUAAGUGUGCUGUCCUUAUAGCCCACUAGAGAGCUAAAUAUUAUCUUUGGCAUGUAGCUAAUAUCCAGUCUUUAUUUUACAAAUAAGUAAAUGGAGGCACAAAACUGAAUUGGCAAAACUGGAGAUUAAAUUCAGUUCCUGUCUCCCAGACCUGUUCUGUAACCAUGAGACUCUGCUGCCUUUCCUUUGAACAGCCUUUUACUAAAGUGCUACAUAAUAGAGCAUCGGAAUUAAUCUGUGUGUUUCCUAUCCCCAUUCAUAUCACUGGCAUUUGAAAUGUUACUCCACGUUUCUAAAAAAUGAUUAUUCAAAGGUUCAUAAUUUUUCCACCACAUAAUUUUAAUAUUUUUUAAAAGUCCCCUAAGGUACCGGGUGAAAUUCAGCCAUAGGGCUUAAGUGGGAUUUACAUGGUACAUAUCCCUUGUGCAGGCCUUCUGCACGGGCUGAAUUUCACCAUGUGCGAGUAGGUACUCCCAGACAUCAGAAGCAUGUGCAAACAGCCAUGCCUUGGAAGCACUGUCUCCCAUUGCCAGGGCGCACGUACCAAGUAGACAUCAUGUCAUCUGCUCCUUCGUCCCACUGUAUCAGUCACUGUCAUAUAUAAGUAAGAUAUUCUUUCAGGGUGUAUAUAUUCAUGUAAAUUUGAAUUGAAGUUGAUCCAUGUGGACUUUUUUUUAAAAAAAGAAUGCAUUCUAGGGGUGUGUAUUUGCUUCCCUUCCAGGUAAGGGUGUAUUUAUCUCUGUAUAGGAAAAAAGUGUUUUGAAAGUGGGGAUUGGGCAUUGAAAUUGGGUUGUAAAAGGAGAUUGUGCCUUUCCAGUUCAAUGUUGGAAUUUUUUUGGUAACAAGACACAUUAGACUAACCUGUGUGGUAGCAGUUUGUGCAUUGUUGCACUUUUGGUUAUUUAUCAAAUUCUUGAAAUAUACAGGGCUGGAAUACAUCUCUUCUCCAUCUUGGUGGUUCUUUAUUUGUGGAAAUGUAGCGUUACACUCUACACUAUGGGAACUAAUGAAUUUUGAGGCGUCCUGAAACCUCAGCAAUUCAUCCUAGGAAAUGAAGUAAGAAGUUUUGCCGUUACACAUUUUCAUAGUGCUAAGAAUGAGUUUGCUAACCACCCCUUAUUUAGAAAAUGCUAUAGUAUUUCACAGGAAUUAUCUGUAAUGUGACACCUUCCAGAAGUGUUACUACAGUGCAUAAUUCAGUGAUCUCUUUAGAAGGGGUGGUAGCAACUGUGGCAUUGAUGAAAUUGAAAUCUGAAGCUUCUUGAUCAGUUCAGCAUGUAAAGCUGAAGUUGAAAACAGUUAUGCAGCACCAUGUGAAAGAAAUGUUUCUCUACAUGCCCAAGAAAACUGGACUUUACUAUGAUGAUCUACUUUGCAGCUAUUCUUGACUCUAAACCUUGGUGUCCAUACUCAAGGAGCUUUUGGUUACAUGUUGCAGCAGAACAAAUGAACAACUCUUUAAGGCCUGAUCUUGCAUGACUGAAGACUAUGGGGAUUUUGCUAUGGGGCCCAAAUCUGAUCAUCUUACUUGCAUUGAGUAGAUCCAUUGGUACUGCGGUACUAGUCUCAAUGGGACUACUCAGAGCAAUUAGAGUAUUAAAAUAAUGUCAUUUAUUUCAGUGGAACCACUUGAGGAGUAGAGGAUCAGAAUGGGCCCAAUGGAAGCAGGGUUUGGGCUUGGAGGGCAUGUACUUCAGAAGUUCUGAGCAUCAACAAGCCCCGUUGAAGUCACUGGGUGCUGCAGAUACAGCACCUUGAAAUUUAGGCUGUGAUUGGAUAUGUUUAUAAUAAUCUGAAGUAAGAUAUAAAACAAAUUACAAUUAACCUCUGUUGUUGUGCUAAUGGGAAACUAGAGUAGUGUUUUUAAAAGAGUGUCUAGAAAUAACUUUCUCCAUUCUUAUCUAGGCUGAAACACACAACAGCACCGAUUGCAUCGGGAUUCUAAAUAACGGGCUUAGUUCUUUGUCUCCUUUUCAGUCAGAUCAGUUUUAUUUACAGCAUUGUACUUAGAUACAGCACGUGGGGCCCUUGUGAUGGAUUUAGAAGUUGGGGGGCGGGAAAGGAGAGGAUCCCCAUUUGAAUUAAUACUGCAGCAUGAUGAUCUUGGGCUCUUUACUUUUAGACAUCUUAGAAAAGACAAAUGGCUUCAGAAGAUAAGGGAAAAUUAUUACUGAUGAAAAGAGCAGAGGGACAUUUUUUAUUCUGAAUGCAAUUAUUAAUGAAUAUUUAAAUAUAAAUAUAAAUAAAGGAGGAACUAAUGCUGUAGUUUUAAAGUGGUGAGCAUAUGGCAAACACUAAUUUUUAACUAAUGCCAGACAGAAGCUGUAUUGCAUGUACUACCCUUGAGUAAAUUAGGAGGACUAUCCUUUUUUGUUUGUGAAACAGAAUCUUGCUGCAUAUUUUACCAUUGUAAAUGAUUUCUGAAUAUAAUGCUAGACCCAGAUCAUGCAAUCAGAUAGGUGACUUUCAGAGAGGUGUGAGGAUCAUACAUCCAAUUGUGGAGUUGUGGCCUUAGUUUCCAUCCUAUUCCCCCUGGUUUUGAUCUUGCUUUUACUUCUGUAAUCAAGAUUUUACAUGAGAACCAGAAAAGAAGUUGCAAAUUGAAACCACACCUAGUUUGUUACUAUAAACUGGAAAUUUUAAAAUGUAUUCUAUAUUCUUUAAUAAAGUUAGUUUCACUUGACAACUGUGUAAAAACUCUGACCAGUUUGUCCUUCAUAGUGUGAAGUCUGUCAUUCUUGCUUGUAUUCUGUCAGAUGUAGCCUACUUUUUCAGUCUCAUUUCAUGUUCUCUUGUUGCUAUUGUUAAACAUUGUUAACUCUGUUAAACAUAUUUGUUGUUAAAUGUUGACCUCUAAACCUUUUUGUAAAAAAAAAAAAAGUAAUAUAGUUUUUUUAAUAUAUAUAAAU